CCCGGUCCGCCGUAUUGUGACGUCACAUAGUCUGCGGCCCCGCCGGCCGGUUUUCUCCCCCGGCACCUCCCUCCGCUCCUCGAGGGGCGGGACGUUGCGAUGAAGCGGGGGCGCACGCCUAAGCCGGCCCAGGGUAGAGCAGAACGCACCCUCGUUCCAGCCUGCCCCACGGGCCGGCCUGGACGCCUCCAACGCCACCUGAGCGGCGAGUUCGACCAGCUGCGAGACUUCCCCAUCUUUGAGAGCAACUUCGUGCAGGUGACCCGGUUAGGAGAAGUCGCCAAUAAGGUCACCAUGGGAGUGGCAGCCUCCAGUCCAGCCCUGGAACUCCCAGACCUGUUGCUGCUGGCAGGCCCUGCCAAGGAGAAUGGACACCUGCAGCUCUUUGGGCUGUUCCCCUUGCAGUUCGUCCAGCUCUUCGUCCACGACGAAAGCCGCUGGCAGCUCAAGGUGAAGUUCCGCACCGGCCGUGCUUUCUACUUGCAACUGCGGGCCCCACGCGAGACCCUCGAUCGUGAGUUUGGCCAGUGGGUGCGGCUGCUCUACCGCCUGCGCUUCCCUUCAGCCCAGGGUUCCGUGCCCUUCACGCAGGAGUACCCGGCGCAGGACUGGGAGGAGCAGGACGACGACGAGGAUCUGACCCCGGAGGAGGAGGAGGAGCUUCGAACCAUGGAAGCCAGACUGAACCCACAGGCCUCUGAACUCUGGGGACUGUGAUUCCCCCAACACCCUUGAGGUCACCAAAGGGCCAGAGAUCUAAGUAGCCAACUUCGGGGCCAGACAGAGGAAUACCAACGUUAAUAAAGACCGGCCACUUAAGAACCACCAACCAAGUCGCGAACAGUUUCAUCACCAUCACCAGUACAACAUGGACGCCGGUCGGAAGUGGCUUUUCCAGUAUGGUCACCUCAAUGUGGUCUUCAGUUCAUCGUGUCUGGCUCCUUGGGGCCACUCCUGAGACCUUGUGACCCCCCCCCACUCCAUCCCGGCUACCUCACCAGAGUAGCCCUCCCGGCCUGGCCUUUGGUUCCUCCCAGACUCACUGCAUUUGCCACAGCAGCCAGCCUGCCUCCUCCUCAUGGGUAGCUAGCCUAAGGAGGCUGCCUCCCCUCGUCAUGGGUUCCCCUCUGAUGCUGUGUAGUUGCCAUGACAGCACAGUUGCCUCACUAAAGUAGCUGUUCCAAGAUGGCAGCCUCCAUGUGGUCUGUUUCCAUCGGGUGGUCCACGCCAACCUGGCUGUCCCCAUUACCCAUCCCCAGG